AUGUUCGCUGUGGAAGUCUUAAAACGCUCUGAUGGGGGCCACUCACAUGCUCCAAAUUUAGAAGAAGUCAACGCUUUGAAGGUUAGAGGGAAUUUAAAACGCCGAGCAGAAGCUUACCCCGAAGCUCCUCUAGCUCAGCUUCUGCGAACGGAACUACAAGCAGUAUCGUCAGGUGUUCUCAGACAGCUUCUUGAAUUAAUAAAAGCAAUUCAGCGUAAAAAUAAAUUACUACAGCCAAAUCAACCAAAUCUUGAGGAUUGUUUAAACAAGAAAUAUACUAGUCAAGCAACAUUGGACCAACUUUUAUUACGUUUCAUUGUUAAUGGAGGGUUGCCAUUUACCAUUAUUGAAAAUUCAAUAUUAAAAGAUAUAAUCGAAAGAGGAUUUCCAAAAAAAUCCAUUAUGUCUCGACCUACUCUUAUGCAAAGAAUUACUGAAAAUUGUAAUUUAUUGAAAAAUCAACUCAAAACCCAAAUGUCCAAAUUAGCUUAUAUAGCUACAACAGCUGAUGCAUGGUCAAUAUAUAAAAAGUCAUACAUUGGCAUCACUGCCACUUGGAUAAAUGAAGAUAAUUCCAGAACUAAUUGUUUACUAGCUCUGAAAAGGCUUGAAGGCAGUCAUACUUAUGACAUUUUGGCAAAAUGUAUGGACAGUAUUUAUACAAGUUAUGAAAUAUCUGAUAAAGUUCAUUUUUGUACAACAGAUAAUGGCUCUAAUUUUGUUAAAUGUUUCAGAGAAUUUAAUCAUAUUUUGGAUGAAAAGGAUUCUACGAGUCUAAUUGAUUCACCCAGUAAUUUGUCUGAAAUAGAUGAUGAUACAACUGAAAUUAUUAAUGUAUUUGAUAUGGAAAAUGAAAAUAAUUUUGAGUUGCCUUAUAUACUACCAAAGCAUCAUAGAUAUUCAGCUCACAUACUCAAUUUUAUUGCAACAGCAGAUGUUAAAAAAGCUUUGACUAAUUCAGAUUACAAAAAACAAUCCAGAAGUACUUUUGCUAAAUGUAUAGCCCUUUGGAAUAAACAAAGCCGGUCUUCAAAAUCUGCUGAUAUUAUAAAAAAACAUUGUGGAAUUUAUUUAAAAACACCAAAUGACACGAGGUGGAAGUCAUUGUUUGAUGCUGUUGGAUGUUUACUUAAAUUAUUAAAAACAAUGGAAACUAAGCUUAGAAUUAUCAUGGAUGAUCUUGAUAUUGUCAGGUAAAUAGGAUCACUAAUUGCCAUCUAUAUCUAUUUUUUU